AUGUCAAUGUUACUAUGGAACUGUAGAGGUGCGAGGCAUCCGAACUUUGUGAGAACAGUAAGAGAACUGGCUGGUAUGCAUGGACCUGAUAUUAUGGUCAUUACUGAAACUCGCGCUCGAGGAGAGGAUGUUCGCCAUAUCAUUGACCGCCUUCCUUUCGAUUCUUGGAAGGACACAGCCACUAUAGGGUACAAAAGAGGGAUUUGGUUUCUGUGGAAAUCUGAUCUCGUGGAGGUGGAUGAUAUUUGCGCUACAGAACAGGAGAUCCAUGCUACAAUCAAGGUAAAAUCAAAUAAUUUUUCUUGGUUAAUUUCUGCUAUUUAUGCUAGCCCUUGUUAUAAAGAAAGAUUGCUUUUAUGGGAAAAUCUUAAAACUGUUCCAUCCCAUCAUGAUCUUCCAUGGUUAGUUUUAGGGGAUUUUAAUGAAGUUCUUAAUAUCGAAGAUAAGAAGGGAGGUAGACCUGUAUCUUUGGUUGGAUCUGGGGCUUUUAAGGACUGUCUGAAUUUUUGCCAUCUUGCGGACCUUGGAUUCUCUGGACCUAGUUCUGAUCACUGCCCAAUUUUGCUGUCUUUGAAAAACAAAGUUCCUAGGGUAGGUCUUAAACCUUUUUGCCUUCAGAAGAUGUGGUUUGACCACCCCGAGUUUUUAACCCUCGUCCGCAACAGUUGGAGUAAUGGCCAAGAAUCAUUAGCUCAGUCCCUGCUGACUUUGAGAAAGGACAUGCAUGAAUGGAACUUGAACUCCUUUGGUAAUUUUUUUUUGAAGAAGAAAAAAAUUCUUGCUCGAUGGUCGGGCAUUGAAAAGGCCCUGGCAAAUUCACCGAACCAAUUUCUCUUGAACCUUCAAAGAACCCUUUUAGAGGAGUUUAAUGGCAUCCUUAAAGCAGGGGAAGAUAUUUGGAUUCUCAAGUCUAGGGUGAAUUGGCUUAUUGAAGGAGAAAGAAAUACUAGAUUCUUUCAUGUCUUUACCAUUUUACGAAGGCGUUAUAACAGAAUUUCUGGCCUAAUGAAGGAUGGAGUGUGGAUUUCUGAACCUAAUGGUCCAAGAUUUCUUCAUGAAGCUAUAUACUUCUUCCUUCUCUCAAACCUCCCGUAUCGUCACUCUUGGACCUUGAUUUAUUUGGAGAUUCAAAAAACGUUUUGGAGCUUCAAGUCCUUUAAAGCAUCAGGCCCGAAUGGUCUCCACCCUUUCUUCUACCAUCGUUGCUGGAAUAUUGUGAAAGACAAGAUUUGUGCCACUGUCAAACAUAUUUUCGAGGUGGCAUCCAUGCUCGAAGAGUUGAAUGAGACAUUGAUCUUCUUGGUUCCCAAGUGUAUUAAUCCCACUCAGAUAGACCAAUUUAGGCUCAUAAGCCUUUGUAACAUACCCUACAAAAUUAUCUCAAAGAUCAUGGUUCAGAGACUAAGGCUUUUUCUGGACAAGAUGAUUUCACCUUUCCAAGCUAGCUUUGUUCCUGGUAGAAACGGUUGUGAUAACUGCAUUAUUAUUCAGGAACUUGUCCACUCAUUUAAAACUAAGAAAGGAGGAUUGGGGCAUAUGAUAGUCAAAUUGGACUUGGAAAAAGCCUAUGACAAGCUUGAAUGGGGAUUUAUUAGGAAGGUGCUUACUUUUUUCAAUCUACCAAAGUCUUGGAUUUCCCUGAUCAUGAGCUGUGUUUCAUCCUCAUCUAUUUCCAUUUUGAUGAAUGAAGGAAUGCUGAAAAAAUUCAAGCCUUCCAGAGGCAAAGCAGAAGGAAAAACGGCCAAUUCUAUGCAGGAAGUUCUCAUAGCAUUUUGUGAUGAGUUUGGACAAACCAUCAAUCUGGAAAAAUUCGGAGUUUUCUUUUUUACCAACACUAGACAAGACUACAAAAGGGAUAUUAUUAACAUUUUGGGCAUUAACGAAACCUUGAUCUCGAAAGAUACCUGGGGUUUUCCUAUGCGUAAAGGGAGAGUUAGUAAAAAUGAUUAUGCUUUCAUUGUCAACAAGGUCAAAGCAAAGUUAGUUGGUUGGAAGACAAAUCUGCUUUCUCCUACAGGAAGAAUGGGGAAAAACGGGGAUAAGAAGAGAUUGCAUCUGCUUAACUGGAGCGAAGUGACUAAGAAAAAAGUGAAGGUGGACUGGGUUACAACGUUGAAAGGGAAAUAUCUCCAGGACAAUGGCACUUUGAGAAAAACUUCUAAAGUAUCGAUGACAUGGAAAGCCAUGAAAUGGGCAGGUCCGAUUGUUGAAAAAGAUAUUGGCUGGGUCAUUGGUGAUGGCUCUUCUACGAGCUUUUGGCAUGAUAAUUGGUUGGGGUUUGGGAGUUUAAAAAAUAUUGUUCAUGGCCCUCUUAACUGGCAUGAGGAUCAAAUUUCUAUGAGCCAGUGUCUGAAUGCAUUAAAAAAUAAUCAACCUCUUUCAAUUUCUUUCAAACUCAAUGCUAAUGUUCUGGAUAAGAUAAAUGCUAUUCCUACUCAACUGGUAGGACAGGGACAAGAUAAUAUAUAUUGGUCUGCAUCCUCUAGUGGGGUAUUCACUACCCAAUCUGCUUAUGACCUUGAUAGAGGAACAAGUCUGAACGAGAAUAAAGGUCAAUGGGAGUGGAUUUGA